AUGCCGCGGCUACGAACAUCACGAUCCACGCCUCCACCAGAAGGCUUCGAGGAUAUCGAGCAGAUCCUCGACGACUACGAGCGCAAGAUGCGCGAUGCCGAGGCGGACGACUCGCAGAACAAGCGCAAGGUCGAGACGCUCUGGCCGAUCAUCCAGAUCAACCACACGCGCUCGCGAUACAUCUACGACCUCUUCUACAAGCGCGAAGCCAUCUCGAGAGAGCUAUACGAUUGGCUGCUAAAGUACCAAUAUGCAGAUGCAAAGCUCAGCUGCGUCCAGGCACCGUCGUCGAAUGCGUCCAUUGCGGAUGCCGCGGAUGCAGCUCGUCCGAUUGAUACCCCUGUCAAUGCAAGUAGUUGA